AUGACAAGUAAAGGAUUUUGUGUCAAAAUUUAUUUUGAUCUUCACAUUAUAAAUUGUCCAGGUGUUUGGUUGUGUCCGAAUGGAACAGUAGCAUUGCAAAUAAAUAGCCUAAACUCUCACAUAGAAUCUCGAAAAGUGACACCAAGUUUUCCGCUUGUGCUUGACGAUAAGUUUCUCUUUAAAAAAAUAUUUACUGAAGUCGGUACACUGACAGAGCUCGAGUGUUGCCUAGAAAAUGAAUUUUUUUACGCUGAGCUGAUCCAAUGGCCCUCUUCAGAGGACAAAGGAGUCAUUUUAGCGACAUUUGAAACUAAUCUCGUUGAUCUUCUUUACCCAGCUCCUUGCUACAGAGGACUAAUGUCUGGUGUUGACGUUGACUUACUUAUGGAACCUACUAAAUUUUUUCCUGCAACUUCGCAGAGCGAAACUCACGUAAAUGACUGUUACCAAAGAUCACUGCGAAGAAACACUAAACAGACAAAUUCUUAUCCUUGUAAAGAUUCAAUCCUUGAUUGCACUCCAAUCCAGCAAUUCCACAACUUGGAUAAUUGUCCAGUUUGCUCGAAAUAUCAGAAUUACUUUUCCAAGGGCUCUCGAACAGAUGCCACUCUGAGAAGUACUGAUAGCCGCAAGGAGGCUUCUUAUGGAUCAUGCGACGUGGCUAAUUGCACUGAACACUCUUCAGAGACGACAAUAUCAGCGUAA